CCCCCCGCCCCCCGCCCCCAGUCGGGGCCAGGCCAGGCCAGCUCCCCUGGCAGCAGAGCCGGGGCAGGUGACGGGCGGGCAUCGCAGCUGAGGGAGUGAGGAGGCGCCUGGGAACUGGAGCUGGAAGCCUAACGAGGUCCAGUCAGAGCCCAAGAGCCGGAGCCGCCCCUCAACCCGUCCGCCAUGGGGGAGAUGGAGCAGCUGCGGCAGGAAGCAGAGCAGCUGAAGAAGCAGAUUGCAGAUGCCAGGAAAGCCUGUGCCGACGUUACUCUGGCAGAGCUGGUGUCUGGCCUAGAGGUGGUGGGACGAGUGCAGAUGCGGACACGGCGGACGCUAAGGGGACACCUGGCCAAGAUCUACGCCAUGCACUGGGCCACCGACUCCAAGCUGCUGGUAAGUGCCUCACAAGACGGGAAGCUGAUUGUGUGGGACACCUACACCACCAACAAGGUGCACGCCAUCCCACUGCGCUCCUCCUGGGUCAUGACCUGUGCCUAUGCCCCGUCGGGGAACUUCGUGGCAUGUGGGGGGCUGGACAACAUGUGCUCCAUCUACAGCCUCAAAUCCCGGGAGGGCAACGUCAAGGUCAGCCGGGAGCUCUCUGCUCACACAGGUUAUCUCUCCUGCUGCCGCUUCCUGGACGACAACAACAUUGUGACCAGCUCCGGGGACACCACGUGUGCUCUGUGGGACAUCGAGACCGGGCAGCAGAAGACUGUGUUUGUGGGACACACGGGGGACUGCAUGAGCCUGGCCGUGUCCCCUGACUUCAAACUGUUCAUUUCGGGGGCCUGUGAUGCCAGCGCCAAGCUCUGGGACGUGCGGGAGGGGACCUGCCGGCAGACGUUCACGGGCCACGAGUCGGACAUCAAUGCUAUCUGCUUCUUCCCCAACGGAGAGGCCAUCUGCACGGGCUCGGACGACGCCUCCUGCCGCCUGUUUGACCUGCGGGCAGACCAGGAGCUGACCACCUACUUCCACGAGAGCAUCGUCUGUGGCAUCACAUCCGUGGCCUUCUCCCUCAGCGGCCGCCUGCUCUUUGCGGGCUACGACGACUUCAACUGCAACGUCUGGGACUCCAUGAAGUGCGAGCGAGUGGGCAUCCUCUCUGGCCACGACAACAGGGUCAGCUGCCUGGGGGUCACGGCUGAUGGGAUGGCUGUGGCCACUGGUUCCUGGGACAGCUUCCUCAAAAUCUGGAACUGAGGAGGCUGGAGGAGGGGAAGUAAAAGGCCAUGCAGACACUCAGCUGCCCUCUCCCCUGCCCGAUUUCUUUAAGAUUUUCUCUUCUACCCCGCAGCCGCCCUUCCCGCCCAGCUUUCCCCUUUGAGGGCGUGGGGAGUAUGGGGAGCGUGCCUUUGGGAGGCAACACCAGGGACAUGGGUGGGGAACUGCCCCAUCUCCUCCCAUGGCCUCCCCUCUCCAUGGUCCUGACAGCUUCUCCCUUAAUGAGCAAGGACAGCGAACCCCCGGACCUCCACCCUUGGCAGGCCUAGCAGGCUUCCCAUCUGAGGCCACAGGCCUUAGGAUUCCCCCCCUACCUCCAGAGCCACCACCUUUGUCUAGACCCGAGUGGUGCAGGGCCCUCAGCCCCGUGACUAUGGCUCUGGCACCACUAGGGUCCUGGCCCCCUUCUUCGUACUUUCUCCUUUGUCUACCUUCUUGCCUCUCCUAAAGCACUGGCAAUAAAGUAGUGCCCUGGUA